GACGGCUUUUCACCAGCGUGGCGGCUGUUGUGAGCGGCUAGAGUACGCUGUCGUGACGGCAGGAGAGCCUCCAUACACCCCUGCUGCUGCACGAGCGGCUGCGCCAUUCAUAAAUGCUCCGCGCCAUCGCUCUGCUGGGUGCUGCCGGCCGCGCCUUCCAGGCUCCAGCUCUGGGCGUCGCCGCGCCGCUCUCGCAACGCGCCGCCGCCGCGACCAGUGCCGAGAUGACUGAUGUAGCUCUCGAGAACCCCACCUGCCGCGACCGCGACUACGCCGGCAACGCGGCGCGGUACCUCGUCGACCUGCACGAGAAGAAGGCGGUCUUCGACUUUUGCGGCGGCAUGAUGUUCCAGCUCGUGCUCACCGACGCUCUGGUCGACAAACUCAAAGGCCCGGACGCGCCGAACGUCGUGAUCCACGACGCGUCGACGCGGCGCAUGGCGCAGGUGCCAGGGUAUGAUAAAUCCAACUUCGCCGACGACGCGACGUUCUUCCACGGCCGCGAGGUCCGCAAAGUGCCGAACGCCGCGGGUGGCAUGAAUUUUGUGCUGCAGCUGUCCGCCGUCGAGGACAAGGACGGCUGGGUCGCGGGCGAGCGCGACGGCUACGACGGCUGGGGCCACGACUCGUCGCGCGUCUGGCGCGACGGGAAAAGGUUAGAGGACGAAGGCGUCGCGGGGUUUCGGGAGCGCUACGGGCCGAAUUCCUUCACGCUGAACCACCGCUUCUACCUGCAUUUGGAUAACACGAACCAGCUCUGGCUCUCGGCCGAGGACGGGUGCGAGGGGCGGCUCGUCGACCCGGGCGAGAAGAAGAAGCUGUUCGGCCUCUUUUAAGUUUAUCUAUAGAU